AAACUUGUAUAUUUCUGUCUGCUGCCCUCAUUGUUGCAAGCAACCAACUUAUCGUCCAGCUUGUCAGGUUGUUUUCUCGACUAACGGAAAAAUUGCAUUGUGUUUACAAUGGCCGAUAUGGGCUGUACGACCACAGCUAGCUCGGCCAACUGGCGUUUCUAGGGAUUGGGUCUUUUCAGGGCAAUAAGUAGUAGGAAAAUUCUUACUCAUUGGUAAGAGGUUUUUGCAAACUAGCCUCAUUCUUCGUCUACUACUCGGGACGAAAUGUUGUACUUUUGCAGCGCUCAUUUAAUCAGUGCUACUCUCUGUGUACCCAUGGUUUUGUGAUUUUCACUAUUAUAACUGAGAAAGAAAACACUCAAGAAGUGGGUGGUGAUAAAGUGUUCCUUUGCAUCUUGCAAAGAAUUCUAAAGCAUCAUGAAUUCUGUUGCAAAAAUUUUUUACUCAUCCCAAUCAUCACAAACAAAAGACAUUGCUAGAUCUUUAUCUAUGGUGACCCUUGCCAUAUGUGUAACAAACUUGUUGUUGCUGACCUUUACACAAGCAGCCCACUUGCAUUCACAUUCGGAUUUGCAAUGUAACCAUGUCCAUCCUAAGCCUAACGAUAUAAUACAUGGUGUUCAUCUCGAAUCGGAGCACGUGAUGAAACGAAGAAGUCUAGACCAGAGGCUUCGCGUUAAAAUUUACUACGACACCAGUGUCUACAAGUUAGAUGAGGCCAUGUUUGAGCUUAUUAAUAAUACGGUUCUUCCCGAAGCCGUCAGCUAUUGGGAACGAGCCCUGAUGGUCCGCAAGACAGAAUCAGUUAUACGCCUCAGCCGGAAAUGCCGGAAUAACCAAGUGUUCCUGGUUCCCAACGACCCUCAUCCCUAUUGUAUGAAUGCCUGUGAGGCCGCUACAAUGUGCGGAGAAGUUCAGGUGCCAGAACAUCACCUCGAGUCAUGCCGAGUAUGUGAUGCUCAAGGCAAACAGUGUCGCUCUUUGGGCGAAGGAGCCGGCGCAGGGAUUAAAGAUGCAGAUUUCGUUUUCUAUGUAUCAGCUAUGGAUACUGAGCGCUGCCAGAAAGGGAUGACUGUUGCUUAUGCUGCCCAUUGUCAGCAAGAAGUUUCUCUUGAUCGACCGAUUGCUGGACAUGCUAACUUGUGUCCACGCAGCAUCAGCACAAAAUUACCUGAACUUGACGUACUCAUCUCUACCGUUAAACACGAAAUUCUGCACGCCCUUGGUUUCUCAGUCAGCCUCUUUGCAUUUUACCGGGACUCUAAAGGAUCACCGCUGACGCCUCGGGAUGAACAUGGCAAACCGGCUCUCAAUGAGAAUUUACAAGCACGGCAGUGGAGUGAAAGAGUCAUCAAGAGGAUCGUACGUCCUGAUUGGUUAGUCCGUGAAGGACGUGUACGCAAAGAGGUGCACAUGAUGGUGACACCCCGCGUGGUAGAAGAGGUGCGAAAACAUUUUAAUUGCAGCACUCUAGAAGGCGCGGAGCUUGAAGAUCAAGGCGGUGAAGGGACUGCUCUAACCCACUGGGAAAAAAGGGCUUUUGAAAACGAAGCCAUGACUGGAACUCACACGCAGAAUCCAGUUUACUCUCGCAUCACUCUUGCCUUGAUGGAAGACACUGGAUGGUACAAAGCCAAUAUGGAAAUGGCCCAGCCGCUCAGUUGGGGCCGUAACUUGGGUUGCGAUUUCGCCCAGCGCAGUUGCAUGGAGUGGAUGGAAACUAAAGCAGACAGGGAGCAACAUUUACAUCCUUAUUGUAACCGUGUCAAACGGGAUCCACUAGAAACUGAAUGUUCCGAGGACCGCAAUUCUGUGGCCCUUUGCAAUCUGGUCCAUCAUACCUACCAGCUGCCUGAUCUUUACCAGAAUUUCGAAUUUAUUCCUCACAUCAGUCAAGCUGAUAUACCUUUUUAUGGCGGAUCAGUUGCUCUUGCAGACUUUUGCCCUUACAUUCAAGAGUUCACUUGGCGUUCAGAUAAUAUUGCCAUCCGGGGAUCAAAUUGCCUCUACGAAGAAAACAAUCCUCGUCCUGAACGUAAUUUUGCCUUGGAAUUGUACGGGCCAAAGUCCAAGUGUUUUGAGCAUGCUGGUUCCAUGUGGGAAGAAAGGACUUGUCGGCAAGUACGGCAGUGGCAGCACUGGGGUUCAGGCUGCUAUGAGUACACUUGUCAGAAUGGACGCCUUAACAUCAUCGUGGACAACCGGACAUUUCCGUGCUAUUAUCCAGGACAGGAGUUGCGCGUUCGCUUGCUUAGUCAAGGUUGGCUUCACGUCGGUUCGCUUUCUUGCCCAUCUUGUACGGAACUCUGUCAAGAGACGUUUUUGGCUGCUAAUUCUUCGUGCAAACUUCCAAUGCCCGAUCCUAGGGUAGGACAAAUUUACCCCAAUGAUCCGCUGGAUUGUGGCUCUUUACGACCUGUUCAUUCAGCCGCUUUAUCUGUGAUAAUUUUUCUGGCGCUGCAGCUUCUUAUUUGAUUGAAUCAACUAUCCUUAUUUAAGAAUCUAUCUUCGGCUAAGAAAACCGUAUCAAGAAUCUGAUUUUUACGAACAGUCCCUUCACGAUAAGGACUUAUAUUAUUUUUUGUAUAUGUAAUUUUUUUCUCGACUGCUGGCAUCACAUAGGCAAAGAAUUAUCUGUAAAUAUAAGAAAGAAAAUAA